UCAGCGCUCCUGCAAGCGACGAUAGUCGACCUUUUGAAUUUGAAGAACGUGCUCCAACAGACUGAGGAACUCGAUCUCUCGGCAUGGGUCGAAAGUGUAUCCAACGAGCUUCAGGGCGAGAAGUACGCAACAGCAGUCAGGAACUCUACGGCAGAUUUUGCUAGCAUCCUCGCCGAGGUUCCAAAGCUCAACUCCCUCACCCUCAACGCUUAUAAGUCCGACUUGCCAGGUUGCAACGGAGACUUCGCCAGCAGUUCUUCUCAACGCCAAAUCAGCCGAAUGCAGCUCGUUGCCGGCCGCAUUGCUGGAACAGACAUUGCCACAGCUAGAGAUGCUAGCAUUUUCAUGCGCCGACCUAGACGUCAAGAAGCUGUUAACGCUCGUCAAGAGUCAGCCAAAGUUCAAGAACUUGUACAUCGAAGGCGUCAACCUACUCAAGAACGGUAUGACGCGACUUGAGCUAGGACAACUGGUGGAAGAGGACACAUAUCAAUAGUGUAGCACGGCCUUGACCCAGACC